AUGGGGGAAUGGGCUGCCCCUUUUCCUGCAUGGGGGGCGCCGCGCCUCUCAGGGAAGAUCGUUGAAGACAAAGCCUUUUCACUGCAAGAAAGUAUUGGGAGAACGUUUUUGUUAAGCAAAGCUUUACCACAUUACACCUGGCCACGUCUAAGCGGCGCCGGUGGCUGUUUGGGGCGGGGUGGCUCAGCAGGUGCUGGUCCGCCCGCUCCCACUGUGCGCAUUAGCUCCGUUUGGCGGUGUCCAGCCCGAAUCCGCCUGUGCCCUUUCGGCGCCUUCCAGGCGCAUGGUAGCUGCGGCGCUGGUGGCCGCACGUCGGGCAUAAAAAGCAGUGGGGUGCGAUUCCUCAGGGGUGUCGCCCCGUAUCCCCUGGCGUUUCCUAUUUUCGGGCACCCAUUUUCCCCCAUAGAAUCGCCCGCGGCGUGGCAAGGCUGGGAAAGCGGGGGCGGACCAUUCCAAGCACGCCAUGUAUUGUUUUUCCCCCAGCCGCUCUGGCGGUAG